AUGGAAUGCAAAAAAAAUAUUGAUACAGUAGCAGAAGUGUGUGAUGGGCUUAAUAUAGUGCUAAAGAGUAUGUCAUACAUGCCAGAGGGUGACACAAUCAUAGAUAAGAAGAGGCCCCAAAGAGUAUCAGACGACUUCCUACCUUUUUUGCAAGUAGACGCAAAUUGUAUAGCAUUUCCACCUGCCCCACAGAAGGCAUCUAUUAUGAGGUCACAUCGACAUCUUUCAGCAGCAUGUUUUGCUACUAGCUCAGGAGUUACAGAGUACCAACUCUCUGAAAUAAAACCACAUACAUCUUCUACCUGUUCUUCCGCUUCUUCAGAUGCUACAGAACUGCUGAUAGAACUGACAGAUGAGAAACUAUCGGAGCUAGAUGUACUGUUGCUUAGAUCAAUGGAAGAAACUGUCAUUCGUGUCACGUUUGUCAUAGAAUCUACUGUUCUAACUGAACCACUUGCAUGGGAACCACAUCUGGAACUGAGAAAUUAUCAUGAAGAAAUUAUAAAUAAGAAAAUCCCCAGAGUAGCUGCUACUAGAUGGAACUAUAACAUUCGUACAGUUUACUUUGUCUAUGAACAUCGUGAGAAACUCAUAGAGGUGUUUGAAGAAAUAGAAGAGAGAUGUAAUAGAGGUGUUACUUUAAAUGAAGCUUCAAGUUUGAGAAGAGCGUUAGAAGAUCAAGAAUUCUUGUUUGGGUUGACAGUAUUCCAUAAAAUAUUUCCGCAUGUUGACAUCCUUUAUAACCAGCUGCAGUCAAGAAAUCAAGAUAGUGUUCAAUUACAAAAGGACUUAGUAAUUUUUGAAAAGAGUACCGACAAUAUAAGAGGUCAAAUUGAUGAUAUUAAAAAAUAUACCGAAACAAAGUUUGAAUCUAAUAAAAGAAGAAGAACUGACGACAGUAUACGAGGGGUCAUUGCCAAAGAAGUGUGCAACAUAAUAACAAUGCAAGUAAAAGAUAGAUUUUUCUUUCGAGAGUGGAUCGAACCUAUGUUCAUGUUCAUGGGAAUUGAAAAAGGAUACGAGGCAAAGGAAUUUAUAGACGAGCUAGUGACGCUGAAUAAUGAAAUUGAAGUUGAAUUAAGGUAUAGUAUCACAGAUAAAAUCAAGUUUGUCACGAAGAACUGCCGCACAAGAAAUGGAGUCUACAAGCACCUAGUCAAAUAA